AUCUAGUCAUCAACAUUUCUUGAGGGCAUCCAGUAAACUAUGAAUUAUGUUGGGAGAUAAGAAACAAUUGUAGUUUGAAAAGUACUAUAUCAUGAAGAUAGUUACAAAAUGCGUUAGAGCACCCAGGAAGGAAUAAAGAAAUUUGCCUUGGGAAACUAGAAAGAGUUCACAGAAUGAAUGGUAUUGGAGUUGCUGAUAUUUGAACUUGUUCUUGAUGAAUAAAAUUUACUGGAUGCAUUACUAGACUGAGAGCACCAUGCACUAAUUCAGGCAAAAUAUCAGGGGCUGGUGAUGUAUCUUAGUGUUAAUGUCUCAAAUAUUAUUAAGGACCAGCCUUAAAAAUCUUCUUCCAGGGGCUCGGAAGAGAGGCUACAAAUAACUAGAAUUAUUUUCUCGAAAUGAACCAAGCUCUUUGUCCAUCUGCUUUAUUCCUCUGGGAUAAAAUCCUGUCUACACAGCUUCAGUUCUGUUCUCGUGCCUAUCUCCUUUCUUGCCUGAUUUCUCUCUACCUUUAUCUGCUGGCCCUUCUAAGUUCUAUCUUAAUUCUCUCAUCUUAGUUCUGCCCCGUCUUGGUCUUUCUCAUCUUGUUUUUCCCCAUCUAGCUCUUCCUCAUCUUCCAUCUCAUUGUUCUAGUUCUCUAGUCAAAGUCCUCUCCAGUCAAAAUCCUCAAACAAUCCUCUCUAUGUCUGAGGUUUACAGUUAUAUACCCAUACAAUAGCAAUGCUCUAGCUAAAGCAAGGUCACCAGGCUUGAAUACUUACAGGGUCAUAAAGACAGACAAGAGUUUUCCUCAGGUAGUGACCGUCAGGCUUGCUUUUACAACCCAAAAGGGGAGUGGUAAAGGAGGUGGUCCACUAAGAGCUAAAAUCGGUUAAUAAUCAGAAAAAGGGAAUUUAUGUGCUCAAACAACAUUUCUAGGUGUGGUUAGGUAAAUGUUAGGAGUCUAUAAUGUUAGUAUAAAUACCACUAAGGCUGUAUAAGAAAGGAGGGUCUGAGCUUAAUGUACCUUAAUUCAGGAGACUGUUUAGCCUUGGAUGCUUGAUAGAUAUUUCAGAUAAAAUACACUGUUAUGACUUCUUGGAAGUGUACAUAGCUUACAAGGAAAUCAUUGCAGGUAUCAGCUAAUAUGUAUACAAAAGCUAAAAUAUCACUAAGACUUCUUAAGCCAUGGCUUGACCUUCGGAAAAGUCCUUGACUUAUCCAAGUAGCAGCUUUUGUGAUAGUAGCUGAAUUCCAUUACGUUUUCCUGUGGCUUGCAGCAGUGAUGCCUCAUAUAUGCAAAGUCCUUCAUUUCAUCCACACCCCUCAAGCAUUAAUCACUUGGGGCAAGAAAUUAUAUGCAUCUAGAAAAUAGAAGAUAUGGGCUGGUGACAGAAAAUAAGGCCCAAGUGGCAAAUUAGAUUGUUUGUAUGAAACUUAGGAGAUAAACUUUCUCUUCUGGGCAAUAAAGAAGUCUUUUGAGGAGUAGUGUCUUACAUGUGUCAUACUUGUAAGUGUUCUUUUACACCUUGAGGGGAGGAGAUGGUAUGAUUGCCAUAUGUUCCAAGACAAAUGUGUACGUUUAGACAGAUGAUUUUCUCGGUGUGGUAGGAAAUAGAAGACAGAGAAAGUACUGUGGAGGAUGAUUAGGUAACUGACGUCCUAGGUGAGUGGUGCUGAGGUUUAGAUGGAAGUGUAGCAGGGAUGAAGAGGAGCUUGGGCUGAUGGGAUGGUGGUGACCACCUUCUGUGACUGGGCAGGUAGUAAUUAAGAACAAGAGUGACAAGAGGGCAAACAUGGGAGAUGCAGGUAGUUUGGUUCUGAAUGUAUUUAUGAUAAGGAACUUGGAGCAAGGAGAAGAUUGGAGCUGGAAUAAAAGUGUGGGGGUUUAGACAGUCACCUAAGAGUGCACCUCUAAUGAAAAGAAGGACAAAGGGUUGGGGUUUAGCUCAGUGGUAGAGCACUUGCCUAGCAAGCACAAGGCCCCGGGUUCGGUCCUCAGCUCUGGAGGAAAAAGAAAAGAAGGACAAGACCCCCUUGUUCAGUUUCCUUCAGCAAACUACUCCUGGCUUGAUCAUUACUACUACUGUCACUGCCAUAUUACUUAGGGUGAUGAGUACUGGUAUUGAACCUGGGAGACAGGAUCACUAAGCUUGUUAUCUAACUGGUUUUGAUCUCACUCCAUAGUCCAGGCAGACCCUGGACUUCUUACUUCUGCAGUAGCUAUGAUUACAUACCUGUGUGCAGCUGUCACCUGAGUUUCUCACUGUGGAUGCAGAUUCAGGAGGAAUCUGAUAUGUGGAAAAUCAGAGAACUAGAGAAGCAAAUGGAGGAUGCUUACCAGGGGACCAGAAGGAACACAGUACCCAGCAGCUCAAGUCGGAUGAGAAGUGAUGGUUUUGAUGAAGAAAGUCAGAGAGACUACUGGAGGCCAAGGAAUGAAAUUCCUGCGACCCUGGAAGAUGAUUUUCUUAAGGCUAAAUCCUGGAACAAGAAAUUAUAUGAUUAUGAAUCCAACAUGCCAGAUAGAUGGGGUCACAGUGGUUAUAAAGAGUUGUAUCCUGAAGAGUUUGAAACAGACAGUAGUGACCAGCAAGACAUUACCAAUGGGAAAAAAACAUCUCCCCAGGUAAAAGCAUCUGCCCAUGAAUCCCGAAAACAUAAGAAGUCAAAGAAAUCCCAUAAAAAGAAGCAGAAAAAACGGUCACACAAAAAACAGAAGAAAAACAAAAAGGAAGCUAUGGACAUAGCAGCAGAUUCCUCAAGUGAGUUCUCAGAAGAAACUGGAGCUUCUAGUACCAGGAAAAGGAAGCAACCACACAAGAGCAAGAAAAAAUCCAGGAAAAAGUCUCCUAAAAAAUCUUUACCUUUAGGGAGAGAAAGUGCUACUUCCCAGUCAGAUGAUUCAGCAGCUAGCAGUUCUGAGGAAAUGGAGGAAAGAGACACUAAGAAAACCAAAAGGAAAAAGAAAGAGAAAAGUGUUCAUGUUCCUGUGGCUAACCCUGAAGUGCAGGAGAGGACAAGCAAGCGCAGGAAUUGGAAGGUGGCUACGGAUGCAAGGUCUGCCGAAAGCUCCGAGGAUGACUGAGUGGGAAGGUUGCAGUCCUGCCUCCCACGGACUCUGGUCAUCUGCAGUUCCGUAUAAUGAGGGUUUGCCAGCGACUCCGACAGCACAGGAGUCGGAGG